UUCCGUUCAAAUAGUUUUCAAAUUAUAUUAUCAUAUAACUAAAUUGAAAUCAACCAAAAAAAUAACAAGCUGAUCUCAGUUAUAGAACACUUAAGAAGAGAAGUAAUCAAUGUCAUGUUUUGUACCAAAUUAAUGUCCUAUGAUGGUACAUUUCAACAAAUACCAAAGUCGUUGCAAUUCUUGAAAUAUUUUAACCUUUCUUUUGCUCACCUAAAAUAAUAUAAAUAAUAUUUUAGUUGACCAACCAAACUAACUAACACGUGCACCGCUCGUGAACCGUUUUCUAUCAUACUCAUAAAACCCUUCUCUUCUUGUUAAAACUCUCUUUCAUUCACAUUCACAUUCACAUCUUGUUACAUAGCGUGCAAAAGGGUCCAUUGUAAAUGCAAAAACAUAGCAUCAAGAAUUAUAACAUAGCUUUUAUAUACAAUCAUUCUAUUGAUUCUGUCUCAAAAAGGAAAAAAGAAUUUAUGCAUGUGACUCAUAGUAGUAAUCAAAUGGAGGAAUGCAACAACAGUAGAGGAGAACUUCAAUCUUCAUCAUCAAGAUCAAUUCCACAACAACAUUCACCUUCAUUGAGAAGAAGAGAAAGCAAAGGUAGUAGUAAUGCAUCGUUUUCUUGGAUUGGAAGCAACCGGUUAGUUUUGUGUCUGAUUUUGGUUACUCUUUGGGCUUAUCUUGGGUUUUUUGUUCAAUCUAAGUGGGAUCAAUAUGAGAAAGAACAAGAAUUAAAAGGGUUUGAUUUUCAUCUUAAAAAUCAUCAAGAUUCAGUUGUGCAAAAAAGUUCUUUAUUUGUUGAUAAUGAAAAAGUUGGUGUGAAUAAUCUCGUAGAUGUUGUAUUGGCCAAGAAAAGAGAAAAUGGUAAUAUCAGUUCAAGGAAAAGGAAGAGUAGAAGGUUUUUGAGAAGUAAGGUACAUGGUAAGGAAAAGGAGUUAGAAAUUCCUCUUGUUGGUCCAUUUGAUUCAAUGGAGGACAAAAUCUUGAAAUUGAGUACUAAUGAGAAGGGUUGUGGAAAAUGUGACAAGAAAAGUGAAUUUGCAAAACUUGUUAUGUCAAAGAGUUUUGUGUUGAUAUUUCAUGAACUUUCUAUGACUGGAGCACCACUUUCAAUGAUGGAAUUGGCAACUGAAUUGAUGAGUUGUGGAGCAAAUGUUUCAGCUGUUGUUCUUAGCAGGAAAGGUGGUUUGAUGCAAGAACUUGUAAGGAGAGAAAUUAAGGUGAUUGAUGAUAAAGUGGAUCAUAGCUUCAAAACUUCAAUGAAUGCUGAUCUUGUCAUUGCUGGAUCGGCUGUUUGUGCUUCAUGGAUUGAACAAUACAUUGAAUACUUUCCUGCUGCUGCAAAUCAAGUUGUUUGGUGGAUUAUGGAAAACAGAAGAGAGUACUUCGAUCGUUCAAAGGACGUCUUGAACAAAGUGAAGAUGUUGGUUUUUCUUUCCGAAUCACAAUCUAAGAAAUGGCAAAAAUGGUGUGAAGAAGAAAGCAUAACGCUUAGAUUCCAGCCUGUACAUGUUCCAUUGUCUGUUAAUGAUGAACUUGCUUUCUCAGCCGGACUUUAUUCCUCGAGUGAUACCGAGAAAAUGAAUGAGAAGAGGAAGUUGUUGCGCAAAUCAGUCCGAAGAGAAUUAGGUUUGAAUGAUAAUGAUAUGCUUGUGAUAUCUCUAAGUAGCAUCAAUCCUGGAAAGGGACAGUUAUUGUUUCUUGAACCAGCAAAGUCAGUAUUAGAAAAUGAAUCAUUUGAAGAUGAUUACAAAAUGCAAAAUUCAUCAAAAGUUGAAGAUAUUUAUACUUUGGCUAGAAGACAUCAUCUUAGAAAAUUGUUACCAAUGAUGAAGGAUAGCAAUAGCAAGAGAGUGUUGUCCAACAAUAAUGGAGAAAUGAAACAAUCUCUGAAAAUUCUGAUUGGUUCAGUUGGAUCUAAGAGUAACAAGGUGGAAUAUGUUAAAAGUAUUUUAAGAUUUUUGUCACAACAUUCAAAUUUGUCAAAGUCUGUUUUGUGGACUCCAUCGACAACACAUGUUGCCUCACUUUACUCAGCUGCUGAUGUUUAUGUCAUUAAUUCUCAGGGAUUGGGAGAAACCUUUGGACGUGUGACGAUAGAAGCAAUGGCAUUUGGUCUUCCGGUUCUAGGAACAGAUGGUGGGGGGACAAAGGAAAUUGUGGAGCAUAAUGUGAGUGGUCUUCUUCAUCCUAUUAGACGUAAAGGGAAUCAUGUUCUUGCUCAAAAUCUUGAGUUUUUACUUGAAAACCGAUUGGCAAGAGAACAAAUGGGAAUGAAUGGAAGAAAGAAGGUGCAAAGGAUGUAUUUGAAGGAGCACAUGUAUAGUAAAUUUGUAGAGGUUCUUGUUACGUGCUUGUGAAGUAAAUAAAUAAUUGCUUCUCACUUGUAAUUACUCUUUUUGUUAUGAAUGGAAAUGGAACUUGAGAACACGUACUAUAUAAUAUAUUUUCUACAAGGUGCUUAUAUGAA